AUGGCCAAGUUGGCCAUUCAACAGUUCACUAACUUUUUUCUCCGUUUGCGAUUGCGAUAAGGAGAGAAAAGCAGAGUUCCUAGAGAAUCCCACUAGACUUUCCGCUGUUGACAACGAUCGUACUCCACGAACCAAUCGCUAAUACAACCGGUUUUCCCGGUCUCCGGUUACUUUCGGCAUAUCAGAACUCCAUUUUAGCUCUCUCCAAACCACCACUCUCCACCUAACUCUAUCUGCAACUCCCUCUUACACUGUAAUUCGUCGCCUAGCUCUCAAUCUCUGCAAUCAUGGGGAAGAUCAAGAUCGGAAUAAACGGGUUUGGAAGGAUCGGAAGGUUGGUGGCGAGAGUUGCUCUCCAGAGAGACGAUGUUGAGCUUGUCGCUGUUAACGAUCCCUUUAUCACUACCGAAUACAUGACUUACAUGUUCAAGUACGAUAGUGUUCACGGUAAAUGGAAGCACCAUGAGAUCAAGGUGAAGGAUUCUAAUACGCUUCUUUUUGGUGAGAAGCCCGUGACAGUUCAUGGAAUUAGGAACCCAGACGAGAUCCCAUGGGCUGAGUCGGGAGCAGAGUUCAUUGUGGAGUCAACUGGAGUGUUCACGGACAAGGACAAAGCUGCUGCCCAUUUGAAGGGUGGUGCUAAGAAAGUCGUCAUAUCGGCACCGAGCAAGGAUGCUCCAAUGUUUGUUGUGGGUGUCAAUGAGGAGGAGUACAAGCCAGAACUUAACAUUGUAUCCAAUGCAAGCUGCACUACCAACUGCCUAGCACCCUUGGCAAAGGUUAUUAAUGAUAGAUUUGGUAUUGUGGAGGGUCUUAUGACAACUGUUCAUUCCAUCACUGCCACCCAAAAAACUGUUGAUGGGCCAUCUUCAAAGGAUUGGAGAGGUGGAAGAGCUGCUUCAUUUAACAUUAUCCCUAGCAGUACUGGAGCUGCCAAGGCUGUAGGGAAGGUUCUUCCUGAUUUGAAUGGAAAGUUAACAGGAAUGGCUUUUCGUGUUCCCACUAUUGAUGUCUCGGUGGUUGACCUCACAGUGAGGCUGGAGAAGGCGGCAAGUUAUGAGCAAAUUAAAUCCGCUAUCAAGGAGGAGUCCGAGGGGAAGAUGAAGGGGAUAUUGGGAUAUACAGAGGAGGAUUUGGUUUCCUCAGACUUUAUCGGUGACAGCAGGUCAAGUAUAUUUGAUGCCAAGGCUGGAAUUGCUUUGAAUGAUAAGUUUGUGAAGCUGGUUGCAUGGUACGACAAUGAGUGGGGUUACAGCACGCGUGUGGUUGACUUGAUUGUCCAUAUGGCAAAGACUCAUUAAGUUGGCGGGGAUGGCGGCUAGAAUGGAUGGAUUCCUAGAGGCCUCAUGUCAAUGUCCAUUCCAGGUGGUGUUCAGUUUCUGUUAGUAGUGGAGGAUGUAAGUUUGAAAUAAAGGUGUUUUUGGGAGUCUUGGAGCAUUUGCUAUCCGCAGUUGUUUAGUUUCCAUUUCUGUCGUAGAGGAAGCUAUACUUUCCUCUAGAUGAGCAAACUAUUUUCAUGUGUUGGGAGAAAUAAUGUGUGUUGCAGUCU